UCUUGCUUUACCUUACGAUCCAAAAAUGGCCCCCAGAGCAAGCAGACGGCGAGAGGAAACGCCCGAAGACGACGAUGAUGUCGACAUGGAGGAAAGUCAACAGGAGCAAGGUAGCGGAAGCCUCGAACAGCUAUCGAAGGGCUUGGUGCGAUAUGCGCUAUCCUGCGAAUAUGCACGAAAGCCGAUCAAGCGUCAAGACAUCAACGAGAAAGUACUCGGCUCGCAUACUCGUCUUUUCAAAGAGGCCUUCUCCCGCGCCAAUGGCGAGCUUAUGGAAGUUUUUGGGAUGCAGAUGGUGGAGCUACCCAAGGCAGACAGGGUAACAACGCGGCAAAAGCGCGCUGCCGUCGCAUCGGACUCUCAGAGCAAGACAAGCAGUCUAUGGGUCCUAAAGACCAUCCUUCCUGAGCAGUAUCGCAUACCAGAGAUCAUUGGCCCUUCACGACCACUUGACGAAGGCUUGAUUAACAGAGAGGACGCUUACGUCGGAUUAUAUACCAUGGCGAUCGCCCUCAUCACUAUCUCUGGCGGUAUGAUGCCAGAAGGGAAGCUCGACCGCGCUUUGCGACGGAUGAACGCAGACCAGACAACGCCCAUCGGCACCAAAGACAAGACUCUUGCAGCUAUGAUCAAAGAUGGAUAUAUAGUCAGAGUCAAAGACUCUUCGAGCGGGGAGGAGAUGAUUGAUUACAUCGUGGGCCCGCGAGGCAAGGUCGAGGUGGGUCGAGAUGGCGUUGCGAAGCUGAUCAGGGCGAUGCACGGCGAGAGCGAUAACCUAGACGAGGUCGAGAAGCGCAUACAGAGGACGCUCGACGUGGCGGAGGCUUAUAAUAGCAGUGAGCUGCCGAGCGACGCGGGUCCAGCGGCGAGUGCGUCACAGAUUGGACGAAAGCGAGGACGGCCGAGGAAUGAUGCGGAUGAGCUAGAUGAUUGAUGAGUUUAUGAGGCAGCCUCGGGCGUGAGAGAGAGAGAGAGGGAGAGGCAUCAUGUGCAAUGACUAUGUUGUGGAACUUGGAUUUGGCUGGCGAUGACGUUAAAGUACGCGCCCCGCAGAGUAUCGGGAGAGGGCAAAUAGCUCCAAUGAGGCCUCCAACAGAGGUCAGCUUCCUAGCUCCACCCGCCCUGGGGGAUCCCAAGCAUGGGCGACGGAGCUGGAGGCCGUCAACAAGGACGCUGCUUCAUGAGCAACCAUGUAUAGGGCGAGAGGGAAUGCAGCGCCGUGCAGGCAGCCUCUGCGCUAUUUGUCAGCGUGGAGAGGAGUGCAGGUGGUAGUGAAUGGCAAUGCUGCAUGCAAUGCGCGCCAAGCGGGAACGGCC